CCCUCCGUGUCAGCCGGUAAAACUGGCUAAACUAUGAAUCUAUAGCUACUUCCACUGGUAACACAAAUAUCACUUCAACACGCAACAAUUGGUCUCUGAUUCCGCCAGUGACAGUGUUAACGCGUGGCACAGAAGGAGUGGCUCUGAGCCGCCUCAGCUCUCCGGACCCAGAGGAACCCACUGGAACACGCCUGUCUAGUGUCACACACACAGCUGUCACAAGACAGUUGAAAAACCGAACAAAAGUUGACUUGAAGGCGCAGGAAAUAUUUAUCCCACGGGAAACAACAAAGAUGCGUGUCACCAAGAAGAAGUGUGUGAUUUUGGUCACUGGGCUUCUGUCUUUUGCCCUGUUUUGUGCCUGGAGCCCUGGGACCAGCUCAGGCGUUGACAUACGGCCAGGACAGAGGGGUCACAUAGAAAAACUUCUCGAAGAGAAAAUUCGAGACACCAUCAGUGACUAUCACGACAUUGCCUACCAUUUGAAGGAUGAUGUGGCACGUCAUCUGGCUCAAAAUACAUGUGUGUGUCUGGCUGAUGAGGAGACCUUUCACCUGCCGUUAGCCAAUCUACUAUUUCCACAUGUGUGGGCCCACAACGUUGACCUUGCGUUCUUAGAGUCCCAUCCUGACCCAGAGGGCGUAAAGCAUCACAGAGCUCAGGAGUACAGAAGUUUUCAGAGGAGGUCGUACAAUCCUGCAGAUGUGCUUAUCGUUGCUGAGGCCAACAGUCCUCUUCAGUAUCCUACCCAGGGUGUGGAGGUGCGACCCCUCAAAACGAUCAUCAUUCCUGGUUUGGGUCUUAAAGAAAAAACAGGAUCAAACCAUAUGGUGCAUUUGACAGCAAUCCUGGGGACUUUUGAUGUUGCUGCCACAGUGGACAAGGUCUCUGUUAAAGGAGCAGGGGAGAAGCACAUGACGCUGUCGAGUCCCAGUCUCUCCGCUUUAAACGGGCAGCUGCAGUUUGUCACUUAUACAAACACUGUUUUCCAUCCAAAGACAGCAGACACAGUUCAGUUUGCAACUGAAGGUCACCAGUCAUAUUUCAGCAUUAAAGUUGGACAUGGAAUCAUACCUAACCUUUACAACUCAGGAUAUCAAAGAGAGUACAAUAUUAGUGCUCUUGUUACCAUCGCCACCAAAACUUUUCUACGCUACGACAAACUCAAAGACCUCAUUGACAGUAUACGACAACACUAUCCCACUGUCACCAUAGUGAUAGCAGAUGAUAAUGAACAUCCUCAGCCAGUGACUGGGCCUCACAUUGAGCAUUACAUCAUGCCUUUUGGAAAGGGAUGGUUUGCAGGAAGAAACCUGGCAGUGUCUCAAGUGACCACCAAGUAUGUGCUCUGGGUGGAUGAUGAUUUCAUUUUCACUGCAAACACCAAGUUGGAGAGGAUGGUGGACAUCUUAGAGAAGACCACUCUGGACCUGGUGGGUGGUGCGGUGAGAGAGAUUACAGGUUACACUGCCACAUACCGUCACACCAUUUCUGUGGAGGAAGGAGGAGAGGACGGUGACUGUUUGCAUAUCAGAAAUGGUUACCACCAUGUUAUCGAGGGAUUUCCCAACUGUGUGGUAGCUGAUGCCUGCAUCAACUUCUUCAUGGGGAGGACAGACAAGGUGCAGCAGGUGGGCUUUAAUCCCCGCCUGGCACGGCGCGGUCAUCUGGAGUUUUUCAUCGACGCUCUGGGCUCCCUCCACGUUGGCUCCUGUAGUGACAUCAUCGUAAGCCAUGCAUCAAAGAUCAAACUACCCUGGAGUAAAACAGUCUCACAAAAGGCCUAUGACAAAUUCCGCUAUUCAUCAUCCACUGCCCAAAAUGACAUCUCUAAUGAAGUCUUCUACUUCAAGAACAGGUUCAAGUGCAUAACAAGUCACUGAAACUUGGCCCCUCACAUGUCUGUUUGCUGCCUUAAAGUCCAGGUAAAGAAAAAAUACAUAUGUUUUAUGAGUUUGUCACACCACAGAAAAUGUGUCACUAACCUCCCAGACACAUUUGAUUGAUUAAAAAAAUUCAAAGUAUGUCAAAUUAGGUUUCAAAAUCAUGAAAAAAGAAGCAGAAGAAUCAGAGCCACUGCAGUUACGACAGACUCUCGUUCAGAAACUAACAGCAGCUAGCAUUAGCACUAAGCACACACCUCCAGCAGUGAGCAGUAACUGCUAGCAGGCAGGGCUGCUGAUUCAGGCUGAAAGACUGAAAGAUACAUUAGUGAUGGCUAUUUUUUUUUUAUGUAUAUAAGAUUGUGGCAUUUAACAAAGAUGUUUAUUCAUGUAAAACUGUACUUGACUGAAAGAGCCAAGAAGGCUUGUUGAAUGUAGCAAACUCACCGCUCACACACAGGGGAUGAAUAAAACAACACUGAUGCUAUGUGCUGUAACAUUUUUUAAAUAUAGUUUUUAAAUAUUGGGGAGGGGUCAUGUUAAAGAUGGCAGCACAUCAUCGAGCCAUGAUUUCAGGCUCAAGCUCAACGCAGCACUCUAUAGUUCAAAUUCGAUCACAUUUUCAACAACUAUUUUCUAACAUGUAUAAUUUGUCUAGAGAGAAACCUCAGAUUUUACUUUACCUGGACAUUUGAGAAUUUUGAGAAAUUUUUGUUUUCAGGUUAAGACUGCAGAAAUUGAUGUUGUUAUAUUUUACAGUUUGUUAGCACUUGCUGUUAAACAGACUGUGGACAGAUUUUGUUCUAUGAACAGUUUACAAUUUUUUAGUAUAGAAAAAAGUAUCCUAUCCUCCUUUCUCUAGCAGACAUGAAAUAUUGCCCUUCACAAAAUGCACUGAAAAUAUCAUGUUUCUUUUUGUUUUUAAUCGCACUGAGUUGACUUCCAUAAGUACUGUGACUUCAAAGGAUGAGAUGGGUUUCCUGGAACUGUCUAUUUGUAAUUCACCACAGAGACAGCGGUGGUGGAACAUAUCUGUUGUUGCAUGAAUUGCUAAAAAAUUUAAGUAGUGCUCCAGUAAUUGUUCAUGUUUAGACUUGAUCUAUUUUCCCAGUAUGUUCAAGGUUGCGUUUGCACUACAGCCACUUAAAGCAGCAGUUCUAUUUUAACUUGUCUGCUCAUUUCGCAACUUAUACCGCUUGUUGUUAAGGUGUUGUAACUGAGUCAAAUACUGACUGGGAAACAUACAUAUUGACAACAAAUCAUAUUGAUUUUUCAUCUUAACACUACUGUGAAUGUGUUUCAGAUUUCCUUUAGAAGAUCAUAAUUUCUAUCAGCUCUCUCAUCCCCCCUGUUGGGAAUCACUUAUGUAGAGUUAAUUUAGAGCUCUUGAAUGCAUCUUAUCCAGGCAAAAAUAUUCAAGUGCAAGAAAAAAAAUACUUUACUGCAGGGCACAUAUGCCUCCAAAAAAAAAAACAAAACACUGCAGUAAAUGCAUCUUAUCUGAAACAUAACAUCACAACCCAAUUAUGCUUCAUAAUAAAAAAAGUCACGUCACAGUUACAUCUGUAGUCCUUGUUGCAAAAUGUAUAUUAUGUAUUUAUUUAUUAUUUAUAUUUAUGAUACAUAUAUUCAUAAGAAAUUGGAGGGUUAUAUGACACAUGAAAUGAAUUGCCUUGUUUUUGUAAUGAUUUUAUUUUUUAUCUGCAUCUUCCUAUUCCUGAAUUGUAAAACAUUGCUGCAUUGGUUCCUUUAAAGAAAGAGGUUCGCAGACAGACUAGAUUUAAAACUACUUGGUGAUGCAGCCAGUGUAACUUUAAAUUAGCCUCUACAUUUGCGGCGUUGUGAUAUAAAACAUGUUCUAACAGUUCAAAACGCCCCUUAAUGCUCCAGGCUCAAUAUAUUUUGUCUGCAUGGAAACACAGCCAAUGGCAUUCUCAGGGUUUAUUACUCAGGUAACAUUUAUGCUUGUAACAUGCUUUGAAUGUGUUGUGAAAGAUACUGUGUUUGUGCACUUGUCUCUAAAGUGCAAUAUGAUAAAAUGGUGUGAGCAUGCCUUGCUGUGCAAGUAAACUGAUAAUAAAGGUUGUAAAUUGAGUCUUUAAUUACGCUGUUGUACAAUGGAGCUAUUGAACUGUUGAUAAGCUCGCACUUAGUUCUUUAAAUGUAACAUUUGAGAAAAUAGUGAAGCCAAUCAGGCCAGUGUAAUUGACUUCUGUAUUGAAAUCAUUUUUGCCAAAUAGAUGAACAUAUGUGCAGUAAGUCAAAGUAAUAUGUCCACUGCACCUUCUAGUUGUUUUGCAAUUAUAGUUCAUGUAUCAUUUAAAAAUUCUGCACACUCUCCAUCUCUGUGACAUUUAUCUUACAUAAUAUUUUACUCAUUUCAGUCUUUGUGUACCUUUGUGGUAGCUGUAAUGACUUCACCCAGUCCUUCCUCAUGUCAGUGCCAUAUCUCCUCUUAUGACUGACUUUUCCUGCACACUACAGUGUAAUUAAAAAAACAAGACAUAUGAAAAGGUUUUGGAUUGCAAAUUAUUACAGCUAAACAAUAAAGGUGUCCAUCUCCAUGGUA